UCUUGCACAUCCAAGUUCUUUUCGCCUCCAUCUUUCCACUUCUUCCUUCUUCCACCGAACCACCGUCAUCCCCAUCAACUCGAAUAUGGCUCCAGACCUACCUCCCAAGUCGUACCAACGUAGCUGCCGCGUUUUCAUGGUUCAGAAGUGGAAGUGACUACUUUCCGCGGAGCGCGAGAGCAACCAAACCUGAGGCACCAAACCACUAGAGGCAAGAGGCAAGAGCUCCAGACGCGCAGACACGGAAGAUUUACAGCUCUCAGGAGCAUCAUGCAGCGCUCCUGAUCGAACAAGAAAACUUAGCGGCAACUCCUCUGCUGCGCCGCGUCAUAACACCUUUUUUCAUCGUCACUUCCACUGACUGCAAUGGCGCCAACGGGCAACACAGCUUGCCAAAGACAGAGCAACACUACUGGGUCAACCUCAUCUACCAGUCGGAGAGCCUGUCCGACGCCGCACCGAAGCCCCUCUCGCGCCUCAGAGAUGUCCUGCCGGAGUGGCCAGCCAACGAAACCGAAACAUUGAGCGAGAUCAGCGAAGCGCACGCACACGAAUGGGAUGUCUUAGACCCCAAAGACACCCUCAAGCGUAAGCGCCAAGAAGGUGUGCCAGCCCACGAGGAUGGAGCAGCGAAAAGAAUCAUCACCGCUGCCGUCGUGCGAUUCAUCGAUGUCUCUCGUGAACACGUCGACCUGGCCAUCAAAUUGACACACACUGCCGAACAAGUUCAAAUCAGCAGAGACCCGCUUCGCAACUGUUAA